AAGACACCAUGACGAGCGACAAGACAAGCGACGUCUCCGGCGAUUCCGCCUCCGCAUGACGGCAUGAGCAUAACUCAGUUACUCAGGGCUGCUGAAUACGAUGAACUACGAUUUCAAUUCGCUGUAACUCCCUCCUAUAAGUAAUUUUUGCUGAAUUCAUGAUUUGAUCUCUGUCUUUAGCUGAAUGUUCUUGAAACCCUAAUCGUUUUCGUUCUUUUGGUAUCUUGAUAGUAAAAAUUGUGAUGAUAAGUACAGAAGGUACGAAUCUGAGUUCAAGCAGUUUCUUGUGGCUAAUGAAUGUAUAUGAGGAGAGAACAAUAAUAUAUGGUGAAACCAUUAUGUCAAGCAAGUGGCCUUGCACGUGUUUCUAUGCAGACUCGUGCCUUGAUCAAGUAGAUGAAGAAGAAGAGAGUAAAGAUUCGGCUACUGCAGAGAUAACUUCGAAUGUAGAUAUUGUGACGGAGAAGAGUUGUUGAUGUAAGCAAGGAACAUUACUUAACAAUGUUAAGUUGAUUUGCUU